CUUAUUCCCAUUGCAUUCUGAUCCCUUCUAGCGGGUGUUGGAGGCUUUCAAAUACUUAUCAGCAUAUUGGCGUCUCGGACUAUUCCGCGGGUCAUCUGCGACAUCUCGGCUUUCUUUUCAGUGUGAGCGCGUUGACACCAGACGUUGCCCUCGAGCUCUCGAUGAACAUGCCUCUUGGCCCAUCACGCCCCCAUCUUCAAAAUCAGCUCGACUGGGCCCGUGGAGCCGAAGCUAUCAGCAGGAACGCUGAUGCGGAAUUACCUCUCUCACCGUGGCCUUGUAUGAACUAUGUCUUUCGAUUUCGCAACCACGAUAGGCUUGGCACUUUGCCCGUGUUCAGAGCAGUCCGAAUGGACUACUUGCAGCUGUUUGAUGGAUAUAUCGGCCUAUCUCGGGUUUGCCUGCUAUACAAAUUCCAGCAGGAUCGACGCUCAUAAAAAUACACCAUACACCAUACGCCGAGACGAGACGAACGAUCAAAAGACGCGACUUAUUCAUACCCCAUGAAGAUAAUUUCAAGUAUCGCCGCUUGUACGGCAUCCUUCUCCCUCGGUAUUGUCAUUUCAACUCAUUCCAUUUUCAUAGGCUCUCUGGAGUUUGGUGUUUAUAUGCUUCUAUUCGUGGUGCAUAACCGCACCCGUGGAAAAUAAUUCAUUCGGAGGGAUCCAAUUAUAUUGUUUCUUUGCAGCUGCGACAAGACGAUGAUGAGAUGAGGCAAGGCGCGCCCGAGAUGAAGGACUGAAGGGAACUGGAACCAGGUCCACGACAAAAACAAAAUUCGCGAGUAAAAUCACCGCUGUGCCGUUGGUGUUUGGGUAGGGAAAGUGUCUAUCUUAUUUUGUUGGAUGUUUUUUCUCUUUGGACAAGAGGCGUUGUAUAUGCCUGGUAGUGCUCAGUUCUGCUCUGGUGACUGCGCUUAGUACCGUGGUUGGUAUUUUCGAUCGUGGCUGAGCGCAUGGUGCUGUGUUCAUGGAGCCAUGGAUCUCCUGCAGUUUGUACUUGGAUGGCUGGUAUAGUUCUAUUCAGUUUUCUCAUCUGUUUUGUUUCUCUUCCGAUUCUUAUUCUGGAAUUGGAUGGGAUAUGCUUAUUUUGAAGCGAAUCUACAGGGAUAUCAAUCAUACCUUUUACUUUAAGCUC